AAACGACAGACUAGCAGCCAAGUAAGAAACUCGCAUGUUCUCUCUCUCUCUCUUAUAUUAUAUAUAAACGAACCAUGUCUUCCAAAUCAACCGGUUUAGCUUUCUGCCAUUGAAACAGCAUAACAAUCUCUCCCUUUUUAAUUCUCACAACUUGAACAAAACAUGGAAGGGGAGUGUUGUUCAAGUUCUAGCUCAGCUUCCGCCACCACAACCGCCGAGAAGCGGAAGCCCAGGCAACAGCAAGACAAGCCUUAUAGAGGUAUAAGGAUGAGGAAGUGGGGCAAGUGGGUUGCUGAGAUUAGAGAACCCAAUAAGCGUUCUAGGAUUUGGCUUGGCUCCUACUCAACACCCAUCGCCGCUGCCCGUGCCUACGACACCGCUGUUUUCUACCUUCGUGGCCCUUCUGCCAGGCUUAAUUUCCCUGAUUUGAUAUACCAUGAAGACAACCUACGUGAUAUGUCUGCUGCUUCUAUACGAAAGAAAGCUACUGAAGUUGGAGCUCAGGUGGAUGCUCUGCAACAAACGGCUCUCCAUGCAUCAGAAAAGAACCCCAACCGUGUAGUUCCGGAGAAACCGGACUUGAACCAGUAUCCGACCCCAGAAAGUUCCGAUGAAGAGUAGCAGAAGAUCGUUGAUUAAAUUAGUAAUUAACAACUCCUUGUAAUCAUUUACUUUCGUUUUCUUUAAUCUUUUUUGGGUUAUAGCUUGCCAGCAGUCUCCAUGUGUGCCUGAGAAAAGUUCAGACACAGGAAAAUUAAGACUUGAAAAGAGAAAUAGAUAUAUGAGAAGGAUUCAAUCUCUGUAACUAAACAAGAGAAUCGUCUCUCUUCUCAUCAGUUUGCAACAGAAGUGGGUUAACGGUGGAAAAUAGGUUUUUUUAUUAUUUUAUUUUUGUCUAGUAGCAGUGUAGGAUUAGUGUGUGGUUGAUUCUCUUUGUACGAUUCCAAUAAUAUGGUAUUGAAAGUGUAUGAUUAAGAGGGAGAAGAAAUGGGGAUGGAAUAUUUUUUAACUGCAAGAAUAUGAAGAAACAGACAUGGCCUACCAUUAUAGAUAUCUAUUUCAAAAAUACGACGAGAAACUGGUUAGCUUGGGAGUUGGCAAGGGAAACAAAGUAGAUAAGAAGAUGAGGAAGAAGUUGGGGUUGGGAACCAGAAGUGGCGCUUGUGACGUGCCUGUGGACACCACAAAACACAAAUGACAAUAAGCGAGAGAGAAGGCAAGUGGUCCUCAAUCAGGGAGGUUGUCACCGUCAUGAGAUGGUGGAAAGCUUACGAAAGGUUGUUCGGUGGGAGUUGAUGGGUGAUGAAAGGUGGGUGGUGACUGAGUGGGUUUUUGUUUAUUUUUGUUUAUUUAUUUUGUUUUAGUUUGAAGGAUUAAGCAUGUAUUAUGUCGUAAAUUGCAAAAUAUUUAUAGAGCCCAUGAUCUGUAAGGGGACCAUUAUGCAAC